AUGGAAAGAAUACGAAAAAGAAUUGAACAUCAUAAAAAAUAUGAGAAAGCUCGCAGUGGACACAAAUGGAAAAAAGAUAUCAUCAAUCCUGAUAACUCCAUCAACAACAACGAUAUUAAUAGCUGUGAUGGUGAUACAGAUGUUGAUGAUAGACGAGAAAUCUUGGUUGCGUGGACGAUGAACAAAAUAUUUUUAACGGCGUUUUUGUUUCGUGUACUACUAAUCUGCUAUGGACCAAUUCAUGAUUACCUUUUUGACGUAAGCUUCACAGAUGUUGAUUACAAAGUAUUUUCGGAUGCGGCAAUGUAUGUUCGUCAAGGUGCUUCUCCUUAUCGAAGAGCCACCUAUCGUUAUACGCCACUCUUGGCAUGGAUACUCUUGCCGAACACUGUUUGGCCAGAAUUUGGUAAGCUAUUGUUUUGUCUGUUCGACAUUGUUGUUGCUUAUCUCUGCUAUCAAAUGAUAACGUCGAGUUUAUUUUCGUUAGAACACUCGUCGAACGUUAUUCGUUCGGAAACAUUAAACCGUGCUAAGCAGUGUAUCAUAGUCUUCUGGCUAGCCAAUCCACUGACUGCAAUCAUAUCAACUCGUGGAAAUGCAGAUGUUUUGGUAUGUGCUGCGGUCAUUUAUACAUUGAAAUUGAUUAACGAUAAACAGUGGUUAUUAGCAGCAGUUUCACACGGCUUGUUGGCUGUUCAACUAAAAAUAUAUCCUGUGAUUUAUAUGCCUUCAAUAUUUUUGUGUAUUUCGAAUGUGCGAUUGGCCAGUGGGUAUUGGGAUUAUUGUAGAAGAUUCCUAUUGAAUUGGAAAGGAUUCGUUUUCGUUUUGAUAAGCACUUCAAGUUUUACUGCAAGCGUUAUCGUUUAUUAUUAUUUCUAUGGUGCACCAUAUUUGAAUGAAUCACUUCUGUAUCACUUAAAGCGCAUUGAUACACGUCAUAAUUUUUCACCGUAUUUCUAUCCACUAUAUCUAUCGCAAUAUGACAACAUGGUUUCCCAAUUAAUUGGCAGAUUUGCCUUUUUUCCGCAAGCAUUCUUACUCGUCAUCUUAUCAUUCAGGUUCUAUAAGGACUUAGCAUUUUGCUGGAUGAUAUUAACGAUGGUAUUCGUUACAUUCAAUAAGGUUUGCACAAGUCAGUAUUUCAUAUGGUUCGUCUGUUUGAUACCGAUCGCACAACGAACCGUCGAGCAACGAAUCAAUACCGAGUUUGAUAUGGUAUUCUAUUUGAUCGGACUUGGACUUGGUGAUGUGGAGGAUAUAACUGUAAAGGGUUUAAAAGCCGUUCGUCAGUCGAGUCGUAUUUACUUAGAAGCUUAUACGAGUAUCUUGUCCUAUGCGCUUGACAAAAGUAAACUUGAAAAUUUUUACGGGAAGGAAUUGAUCAUUGCGGAUCGUGAAUUUGUUGAACAACGAUCAGAUGAGCUAUUACUGGAUGCUGAUAAGAGUGAUGUUUGCUUAUUGGUAGUUGGCGAUCCAUUCGGUGCCACGACACACUCAGAUCUUGUGAUACGCGCACGUAACUUAAAUAUUCCGGUUAAAGUUAUUCAUAAUGCAUCUAUCAUGAAUGCCGUUGCUUGUUGUGGACUCCAACUUUAUAAUUUCGGAGAAACUGUCUCGAUAGUGAUGUGGACAGAUAGUUGGCAGCCUGAUUCGUAUUAUGAUAAAAUAACAGCAAAUCGGGCACGUGGAUUGCACACUUUGUGCCUUUUGGAUAUCAAGGUGAAGGAACAAUCAGUCGAAAAUCUUAUCAAGGGUCGUAAAAUAUAUGAACCACCUCGUUAUAUGAGUUGUUCAGAAGCAGCGAAACAAUUGUUAACGAUUGCCGAACGCAAGAAGAAGCUUGGCAUACAGACGGGUUCGAAGUUUUAUAAUCGAUUUCAAAUAUUCAUUUUUCCUUCAUUACUGUUAUUUUUUCCUCCUGUCAACAUUGAUGACUGUCCAUGCAUUCAUAUUCUCCCGAAACUUGUUGCGUUGGAUUGGCGAGAAUUGGUUGGGAUGAUCAAAAGGCUUAUUACGUAUACGGUUGCUUCAUAUUUUCAGAUAUUGUUCUGCUCACUAAGCGAAAUGUCAAAAACAGAUAUGGGUGAUCCGUUGCAUUCAUUGGUAAUACCUGCCGAAAGGCUGCAUCCAAUGGAAUUAGAAAUGCUAAAAUGUUUUUCGUUAGCAAAUCAUUCUAUAGCUUGUAGUUCUGAUACGUAA